UCUUUGCUUCUCUUAUCUGGGAGAAUUUUUUUUUCUUCCCAAGCGAAGCGUGAACAGUUGUUAAGUGGAAAAUGGAGGCUGAAUUUUACAUGGCGAUUCUUACCUGCUUGAUCUUCACAAGUUCGGAGGGGUUUCAGAUUGUCCAUGUCCAGAAACAACAGUGCCUCUUCAAAAAUCAGAAAGUGAUUGUGGGCUCAUGCAAUGGGACCAGCCAGAACCAGCAGUGGCUGUGGACUGAGGAUGGAAAGCUCCAGCAUGUUCAAUCUGCCCUGUGCCUGGGUGUCUCCAAUUCCUCUGGUGGUCCUGUCCGAGCAGCUAUCUUCACCCACUGCUCCUGGGCACCCCAAUGGACCUGCUAUGAGCAGGAAGGGUUCCUUGAGGUGGCAAAUACAUCUUUCUUUCUCAAGAAACAAGGCUCUAGGGUAGUGAUCAAGAAGGGCAAGAAAUACCUCCAUAGCUGGAUGAAAAUAGAUGCCAAUGAGGAGGGAAAACUGAUCAAUGAAAGCCUCUGCUUAAAAAAAGCUCACCUGGGAGCAGAAGUUUCAGUGCGGAGCACUAGAAACACAACGCCUCCUCACAUCCCCACUACAUUUAAUGCAGUUCCAUAUAGCCCAGAACACCUUAUUAAGAACACCACAGAGGCCUUCUUCAGGAAUACUACGGAAAACGACAGCCAAAACAGCAGCCAGAGGCUUCACUCCAAUCUGCACAUGACUGAAAUUGCAGACACGUCAUGGGUUCCAUCGACUACGCAGCCUUGCUCCAGCACCACUGAAGAGACUGGGCUGGUGGCGUCAGCGAGAUGUAACUUCACCCUGACAGAGUCCAGGGUCUCCAGCUUGUGGGUGUCUGUCCAGUGGAGAACUUUAGGGUCACCCUGUAAUUUUAGCGUCAUCUACAGCAGUGACACCUCAAGGUCCGUGUGGUGCCGAGUCACUCGGAUAGACAACACCACCUAUGGAUGUAAUCCCAAAGAUCUACAAGCUGGAACCACCUACAACUUCAGGAUUGUUUCUCUGGAUGGAGAAGAGAGGAGUGUGGUCUUGCAAACAGAUCCUUUACCUCCUGCUAGAUUUGAGGUCAAUAAAGAGAAGAUUACUUCAACCAGCUUGCAGGUUUGGUGGACUCAUUCUCCUGGAAAAGUCACGUGGUAUGAGGUGCAGUUAUUUGAUGAUAAUAACAAAAAGAUACAAGGAGUCCAAAUUCAAGAAAGUACUUCAUGGAAUGAAUACACUUUUUUUAACCUCACUGCUGGUAAUAAUUAUAAUAUUGCCAUCACAGCUGUUUCUGGAGAUAAACAUUCCUCUACAAUUUAUACCAAUGCAUCAACAGCACCUUCUCCAGUCAAAGAUAUUGACAUUUCCACAAAAACUAAUUCUCUUCUGGUUUCCUGGUCCCAUGGCUCUGGGAAUGUGGAACGAUACAGGCUGAUGUUAACAGAUAGAGAUGCCCUAGUUCAUGACAGUAUUGUGGACAAACAGGAUACUUCUUAUACUUUCCGUGGGCUGAUACCUGGCCAUCUCUACAACCUCACUGUUGUGACCAUGGCUGCAGGACUGCAAAACCACAAAUGGAAACUAGUCAGAACAGUCCCCAUGGAAGUCUCAAAUCUGAAAGUGACAAAUGAUGGCAGUUUGACCUCUCUAAAAGUCAAGUGGCAAAGACCUCCUGGAAAUAUAGAUGCCUACAACAUUACCCUAUCUCACCAAGGAACCAUCAAAGAAUCCAGAAUAUUAGCACCUCAGGUUAUUGAAACUCACUUUAAAGAUUUAGCCCCUGGACGACUUUAUCAAGUUAUCAUCAGCUGUAUCUCUGGUGAGCUAUCAGCUCAGAAGAUGGCAGUAGGCAGAACAGUUCCAGACAAAGUUGGGAACCUUGAGGCAAAAAACAAUGAUCGGAUGAGUUCCCUCUUAGUGAGCUGGUCUCCCCCUGCUGGAGACUGGGAGCAGUAUCGCAUCGUGCUCCUCAAUGAUUCUUCAGUAUUGCUCAACACCACCGUGGGAAAGGAGAAAACACAUUACGUGAUAGAUCAUGAGGGUCUCAUACCAGGAAGACAGUAUGAGGUAGAAGUCACUGUUGAGAGUGGAAAUCUAAAGAAUUCUGAGCACUGCCAAGGCAGAACAGUUCCCCUGGCUGUCCUCCAGCUUCGGGUCAAACAUGCCAAUGAAAGCUCACUGGGCAUCAUGUGGCAGACACCUGUAGCAGAGUGGGAGAAGUACAUCAUUUCCCUGGCUGACAGAGACCUCUUACUCAUCCACAAGUCCCUCUCCAAAGACACCAAAGAAUUCACUUUCACUGAUCUGGUGCCUGGACGAAAAUACACAGCUACAGUCACCAGCAUCAGUGGAGACUUGAAAAAUUCCUCUUCAAUAAAAGGAAGAACAGUGCCUGCCCAAGUGACUGACUUGCAGGUGGCCAACCAAGGGAUGACAAGUAGUCUCUUUGCUAACUGGACAGGGGCCCUGGGAGACACAGAAUUCUACCAAGUCUUACUGAUCCAUGAAAACGUGGUCAUCAAAAAUGAAAGUGUCUCCAGUGAGACUAAUAGAUACAGCUUCCAUUCUCUGAAAUCAGGCAGCCUCUACUCUGUGGUGGUAACAACAGUGAGUGGAGGGAUCUCUUCCCGACAAGUGGUGGUGGAAGGAAGAACAGUCCCUUGCAGUGUGAGUGGAGUGACGGUGAACAAUUUAGGGCGAAAUGACUACCUCAGCGUUUCGUGGCUGCCAGCACCUGGUGAUGUAGAUAACUACGUGGUGAUGCUCUCUCACUAUGGCAAGGUGGUUCAGUCCCUCGUCAUUGCCAAGUCUGUCAGUGAAUGUUCCUUCAGUUCCCUCACCCCAGGCCGCCUCUACAACGUGACCAUAACUACCAGGAGUGGCAAGUAUGAGAAUCAUUCUUUUGGCCAAGAGCGGACAGUGCCUGACAAGGUCCAGGGAGUCAGUGUUAGCAACUCUGCCAGGAGUGACUAUUUGAGGGUGUCCUGGGUACACGCCACAGGGGACUUUGAUCACUAUGAAGUCACCAUUAAAAACAAAAACAACUUCAUUCAAACCAAAAGCAUUCCUAAGUCAGAAAACGAGUGUGUAUUUGUUCAGCUAGUUCCCGGACGGCUGUACAGCAUCACUGUUAGUACAAAAAGUGGACAAUAUGAAGCCAGCGAACAAGGGAAUGGGAGAACAAUGCCAGAGCCUGUGAGGAAUCUAACACUGAGGAACAGGACCACUGAGGACCUGCAUGUGACUUGGUCACGAGCUGAUGGGGAUGUUGACCAGUAUGAGAUCCAGCUGCUCUUCAAUGACAUGAAAGUAUUUCCUUCUUUUCACCUUGUAAAUACCGCAACUGAGUUUUGGUUCACCUCCCUAACACCAGGGCGCCAGUACAAAAUUCUUGUCUUGACCAUCAGUGGAGAUGUACAGCAGUCAGCCUUUAUUGAAGGCUUAACGGUGCCUAGUGCUGUCAAAAAUGUUCACAUUUCUCCCAAUGGAGCAACAGAUAGCCUGACAGUGACCUGGACCCCUGGCAGUGGAGAUGUUGACUCCUAUGUGGUGUCUGCAUUCAGGCAGAAUCAGAAGGUGGAGUCUCAGACCAUCCCCAAGCAUGUUUCUGAGCACACAUUCCACAGACUGGAGGCUGGGGAACAGUACCAGAUAGCAAUUGCCUCGGUCAGUGGGUCCCUCAGGAACCAGAAAGAUGCAUUCGGGCGGACAGUUCCAGCAUCUGUACAGAGAAUAAAUGCAGAUAAUGCAUAUAGCAGUCAUUCCUUAAUAGUAAGUUGGCAAAAAGCCAUUGGUGUGGCAGAAAGAUAUGAUAUCCUACUUCUAAAUGAAAAUGGGAUCCUUCUGAGCAACACAUCAGAGCCAGCUAUUGCUAAGCAGCACAAAUUUGAAGAUCUAACACCAGGCAAGAAAUACAAGAUACAAAUCUUAACUGUCAGUGGAAGUCUCUUUAGCAAGGAAGCCCAAGCUGAAGGCCGAACAGUCCCAGCAGCUGUCACCAAUCUGAGGAUCACAGAAAAUUCCACUAGACAUCUAUCCUUCAGCUGGACUGCUUCAGAGGGGGAACUCAACUGGUACAACAUCUUUCUGUACAACCCAGAUCGAACUCUUCAGGAAAGAGCACAAGUUGACCCACUAGUCCAGAGCUUCUCUUUCCAGAACUUGCUACAAGGCCGAAUGUACAAAAUGGUGAUUGUAACUCACAGUGGGGAGCUGUCUAAUGAGUCAUUCAUAUUUGGCAGAACAGUCCCAGCCCCGGUGAGUCAUCUCAAGGGAUCAAAUGGAAACAUGACAGAUAGCCUUUGGUUCACCUGGACUCCAGCCCCUGGGGACCUCGACUUUUAUGAACUGAUUCUCUACAAUCCUAAUGGCACUAAGAAGGAAAACUGGAAACACAGGGACCUGAAAGAGUGGCGUUUUCACGGCCUUGUCCCUGGGAGGAAGUACACACUGUGUGUGGUGACUCAUAGUGGGGAUCUCAGCAACAGGAUCACAGGGGAGGGCAGAACAGCCCCAAGUCCUCCCAGUCUUUUGUCAUUUGCUGAUGUUGCAAAUACAUCCUUGGCCAUUACCUGGAAGGGACCCCCAGAUUGGACAGACUACAAUGACUUUGAGUUGCAGUGGCUCCCCAGAGAUGCACUCACAAUCUUCAACCCCUACAGCAACAAAAAAUCAGAAGGACGCAUUGUGUAUGGUCUUCGUCCAGGGAGAUCCUAUCAAUUCAACGUCAAGACUGUCAGUGGUGAUACCUGGAAAACCUACAGCAAACCAAUUUCUGGAUCUGUGAGAACAAAGCCUGACAAGAUACAAAAUCUUCACUGCCGCCCUCAGAACUCAACAGCCAUUGCCUGUUCUUGGAUUCCUCCUGAUUCAGACUUCGAUGGGUAUAGCAUUGAAUGUCGCAAAAUGGAUACCCAAGAAAUUGAGUUUUCCAAAAAGCUGGAGAAAGAAAAAUCUCUGCUCAACAUCAUGAUGCUGGUACCCCAUAAGAGAUACCUGGUGUCCAUCAAGGUGCAGUCAGCCGGUGUGACCAGCGAGGUGGUUGAAGACAGCACCAUCACAAUGAUAGAUCGCCCGCCUCCUCCACCUCCGCAUAUUCGUGUGAAUGAAAAGGAUGCACUAAUUAGCAAAUCUUCCAUCAACUUUACUGUCAACUGCAGCUGGUUCAGUGACACCAACGGAGCUGUGAAAUACUUCACAGUGGUGGUGAGAGAGGCUGAUGGCAGUGAUGAGCUGAAGCCAGAACAACAGCACCCUCUCCCUUCCUACCUGGAAUAUAGGCACAAUGCCUCCAUUCGAGUGUAUCAGACCAAUUAUUUUGCCAGCAAAUGUGUCGAAAGUCCGGACAGCAAUUCCAAGAGUUUUAACAUUAAGCUUGGAGCAGAGAUGGACAGCCUAGGUGGAAAAUGUGAUCCCAACCAGCAAAAAUUCUGUGACGGACCACUGAAGCCACAUACUGCCUACAGAAUCAGCAUUCGGGCAUUUACUCAGUUAUUUGAUGAGGACCUGAAAGAGUUCACAAAGCCCCUCUAUUCAGACACAUUUUUCUCCUUGCCUAUCACCACAGAGUCAGAGCCCUUGUUUGGAGUUAUCGAAGGUGUUAGUGCUGGCCUCUUUCUAAUUGGCAUGCUGGUAGCCCUUGUUGCCUUUUUCAUCUGCAGGCAGAAAGUGAGCCAUGGUAGAGAAAGGCCCUCCGCACGCUUGAGCAUUCGCAGGGAUCGACCACUGUCUGUCCACUUGAAUCUGGGCCAAAAAGGUUGCCGGAAAACUUCUUGCCCCAUAAAAGUAAAUCAAUUUGAAGGGCAUUUCAUGAAGCUUCAGGCUGACUCCAAUUACUUGUUAUCCAAGGAAUAUGAGGACUUAAAAGACGUGGGUCGAAACCAGUCUUGUGAUAUUGCACUCCUGCCUGAGAAUAGAGGAAAAAAUCGAUACAACAAUAUAUUGCCAUAUGAUGCCUCACGAGUAAAGCUGUCCAAUGUGGAUGAUGACCCUUGCUCUGACUACAUCAAUGCCAGCUACAUCCCAGGCAACAACUUCAGACGAGAAUAUAUCGCCACUCAGGGACCGCUUCCUGGCACCAAGGAUGACUUCUGGAAAAUGGCAUGGGAACAGAAUGUCCUCAAUAUUGUCAUGGUGACCCAGUGUGUUGAGAAGGGUCGAGUGAAGUGUGACCAUUACUGGCCAGCAGAUCAGGACUCCCUCUACUAUGGGGACCUCAUCCUGCAGAUGCUCUCCGAGUCUGUGCUGCCUGAGUGGACCAUCAGGGAGUUUAAGAUAUGCAGUGAGGAACAGCUUGAUGUACAAAGACUCAUCCGUCACUUUCACUAUACGGUGUGGCCAGACCACGGCGUCCCUGAGACCACGCAGUCCUUGAUCCAGUUUGUGAGAACUGUCAGGGACUACAUCAAUAGGACCCCUGGUGCUGGGCCCACCGUGGUGCAUUGCAGUGCUGGUGUGGGUAGGACUGGAACCUUUAUUGCACUGGACCGAAUCCUCCAGCAAUUAGACUCCAAAGACUCUGUGGACAUUUAUGGAGCAGUGCAUGACCUAAGACUUCACAGGGUUCACAUGGUCCAGACGGAGUGUCAGUACAUAUACCUACAUCAGUGUGUAAGAGAUGUACUCAGAGCAAGGAAGCUACGGAGUGAACAAGAAAACCCCCUGUUUCCGAUCUAUGAAAAUGUGAAUCCAGAGUAUCACAGAGAUGCAGUCUAUUCAAGACAUUAAGAUUGUACCUGAAGUUCUCCUGGAUAAAAAUUUUUCACUGUGUGAUUUUUUUUAAAAAAACUUCCUUCAUUCCCUACCAAGGUGCCAGCUAUUUCUGUUGAUACUAUGUAUAAUUUAUUAAUCUGGAGAAUGUUAAAGAAUUUAUGUAAUUUAAAGGUAACAGAUAUUGUUGUACAUAGUUGUAUUUUGUAGUUUCUCCUGUAAAUAUGUAUUUUUUCAUAAUGUUUAAUAUUAAGCUUUAUAUAAUACUAUUUUUCCACACUAAAGUGUUUAUGGCUUGUUUUACAUAAACUAGUUCAACCUGUAUGACAGGACUACAGGUGAAAUGUGUAUGGAGGUGGUUGUAGAAACAAACCGUUGGACUAUCUUUUUUAUCUAUCUAAAUACUCACUGGUCAGGAUACAGGGCCAGACUAGAGAGAUUAUACAGUAUGACUAGCUCUGUUGCAUUGCUGUCCCAUGAAUCUUGAGAUCCAAAGAUGACCCAGAUGCUAUUAAGACAAAUACAACUACAACUGCCAAAAAAAGAUUAGGGCAGGGGGUAUAGCUCAGUGGUAGAAUGUAUGCUUAGUAUGCAUAGGCUCUGGGUUCAAUCUCCAGCAAAAAAAAAAAAGAAAGAAAGAAAAAAUUAGGGAUAGCAUGAAAGCUGAGCUAGGUCACUGUGCCUAAACUAGUUGUUCUUUCCCCUUUCUCCAGUCAGAGAAUCAAGCCAAAAUGGUCAGCUCAGGGGUCAUGUAACUUGCAGUGCAAGCCCAGGCUGCAGGGUUGAGGAUGUUGAUAGAUGAUGAUCCAAACAGAAGUCCAGGAAUUCUUGUAUUAAGAAGAAUACUAUCCACAGUGAUUAGAGAUGAUUUUGCUGUAUCCACAGUGUGGAACAUGAACAUGCAUAACCAUGCUAAAGAUGGUUGCUGGACAUAUUCUAGUCUUUGUCUCAUUUCAGUGGUCUGCAUUUCUGGAAAAGUCAUAUUUGGAUUUCCCAGUAAAAAAAAAAGAUUAUGGAGCUCGGGAUUUAGCUCAGUGGUUUGACCGCCUGCCUCGCAAGUGCAAGGACCCAAGUUCGAUCCCCAGUACCAAAAAAAAAAAAAAAAAAAAAGAUUAUGGUGGCUAUGAGUCAUAUUUGUUGAUCCCACAGCUUUACUUGCAGAAAGAAUAUAUUUUUCUUCAAAAUACUACCUAUCAUAAAGUCCCAUACAUAACAAAAUACAUACAAUUAGCAUAAUAAUUUUAAAAUAAUAUAAAUAACAAGUUUAUAAUUAUUUCACAUCCAAUCUAAAAGACUUCCUGGUGUUAUUUGAAGCUUAUAAAAAUAGAGGGACACUUCAUGAGGACACUUUUGAAGAGUAAUACAAAUAUUCAAAGUUCUUAUAGCUUCAUUAUCCCUCUGCCUUUAUGAAAUGAGGCCGUAGGCUCUGACUCUGAAUCUGAGAACUAAGUGUGUGUUAUAGAAAUGAAAAGGAGCCACAUACCUUGCAGUGUGGCAGACAUAACACCAGGAAAAACAUAGAGGUCAGAAAUUUAUGAGCAGUGGCAUCUAUUAGGGAUCAUUUUUCCUACACUUAAAAAGAAAAGCAAGGGAAAAACAAAACAACUUUAAACUAACGCUGCUCAUGGAUACCUGGAAAGAUAAAUUCAUUUUUGACUUUUCACUCACUCAGAAAACUUUAGUAAGUGCCUACAACCUGCUAGGCGUUGUUCCAGAAUCUCCAUGUUUCUAUCUGCAUAAAGCGGAUGUAUGGUAAUAAUGAAGUUAGGUCUUCGUUACUGUUUUCAAGUGAACUUAAAAGUGAGCCUGGGUGAGGGCUUGAGAUAACCAAGCCAGUCUAGGAGAGCAGUCACCUUCCACAGACCGUACACUGGCAAAUGCUGAGCCUGCUCCAGUUGCAAACCACUAGAUCCAGAAGAGAGAGCAAAAAAUCACAUAAACCAGGAAUAAUAGCUAUUAAAACAUACAUAUCUGUAACAGUAAAUAACACGCAUAUUCUCUGGCAACAUCUAAGGUGGAAUCAGAAUUACAGAAAUGAAUAUGAUAGAGGAAAUUUUACAUUGUUUUAGUCUAACCCAAGAAAUAUUGAUUUCUACUCCAUGGCUAAUUUUAAAUCUCCUUAGCAACAAAUUUACGCUAUCCUUCUUGUUCCCAGGAAGACUAAAUACAUAAUCUAGUUAAUCUAUUUAUUAAAUUUAAGAGAUUAAAAAAAAGGUCUCCUUGACAUUCCACUCAAUUGGUUGUAUUUCCACUUAAUUGCAUCCUGUGGCUGUGCCUUGGUAAACACUCCAUUUCCUGUGCUGGUGGGCAUCCUGUCUGUGCACCUGUGUGGUGCACUUUAAUCAUCAAGGCUUCAAAGUGCUUUCGAGCUAUCAAAUCUUGGGAAAGCUCUAUCUUGCAUCUUAAUAAUUAUUUAUCCAAGAUCCUUAUUAUUAACUCCUUUAAUCUCUUCUUAUUAAAGCAAUUUUGUGUUAUUAUUCUGUUGUUCUCUGGAAAGCAGCCAAUUUUUUGUCUCUUGAAUCAGGAUUUUCAAAGACUCGCCUCCCUGUCUGGCUUGCAUGUAUUUGUCCUAAGUAAUUUCCCAUCCCUUAGCACCUGUGAUGCCCACUCUUUCACUAUUUACCCCCCUCCCUGCUGAGUGUGCUUGCCUUGCCAGUUGAAUGUGAUUAUAUCUCUUAUUUGUCUUAUCUCUUUAUAUCCUUUGGCAUAAUUUAAUAGAUGCCACAUUACAGAGGAGAUGAGCAUAAUUUCAUUUUUAAAUACUAAAAUAGCCAACACAUACAGUCUGAGAUCAGUUUUAUUUGGGAUAUUCUUUAAUUAAUUUUGUUAUUAGCUCUUGGAAGAAAGCCCAAGAUUACACGAAAAAAUAAUAUGAAGCCAGUCAGCAGAUGUCCAGCAAUACAAAAAUAAGGCUCACAUGUUAUGCUUCACACUUAUUCUCUUGCCUUGGAGUCUAAAGAUCCAGUUUCUCAUAUUAAACAUUCUCCUUACUUUUUGCUGUAAAAUUAUAUCCAAUGUAAUUCUCAUUUACUUAGUUUUCUGAGAAUUCUUUGAGGCUGGAAUCCUGAAAUCUUAAAGUUAUCAGAUCUGUCUGAUAGUAUCUGAGACCCAGCUCUGGGGUUUUAGUCCGCAUACAUGGACAGACUCAACCUAACCUAGAAACAAUGAAUAGGGAAUAAGCUGCUUGUUUGUGGUAGCAGUGCAGGGGCUUUUCAGGUUUCAUUUCAUUAAAGAAAGGAAAUUACUUGAUCAGCCAAGGCAAAGUGGCAAGAAAAAAUGAGUGAUCCUCCUCCAAGUGGAAGGGCACAAGCUCUCAGCCCUACCUCAUUCCUGUAGAAUCAAAGUAAAAUAUGUUGUAUCUGUCUAGAUGCCCUAUUAAUCUUCUGAGGAUCUUUAGCCCAAGAUUUAGAAUCACAUUGGGUAUUCAAAGAAUGCUUCAUAUCAAAGGAAACUCUGUAAACUGUGACUGCAGAAAGCAAGUAAAAAGAUACAAAGAAGGGAAAAUAUUUGAAAAAAACAUUGAACCAGAUAUCAUCAGGGAGAUAAAAAUGUCAUUUGUUCUGUGUGGCUAGAUUGUUCUUUAAAAACUCUUAUCAUAUAUUUCUAUUAGAAUAUAUAUGUUGAACAUCCUUAAUCUAAAAAUUCUGAAAUCUGAAAUGCUCCAACAUUUAAAGUUUUCAAAGCACCAAUAUGACACCAUAGCGGAAAAUUCUACAAUGGACCUUAUGUGAUGUGUCAUAGUCAAAGUUCAGGUGCAUUUAAAAUGUUGCAUGGAAUUAUCAUCAACUAUACAUAUAAGGCAUAUAUGAAACAUAAAUAAAUUCCAUAUUUAGACUUGGAUCAAAAACAUGAAACACUUCUAGUCCCAAACAUUUCAGAUAAGGGAUAUUCAACCUAUACUGCCCUUUUUAGGGAUUCACUUUGAUUACAUUGGCCAGAUGCUUUUGCUGAUCAAGCAAUUGAAUUGAUUCAUCUAAUUUUGACAGUCAACCAGGUGUUUGACUAAAUGUCCUGGGUUUGGUAGACACCCUACCUUAGAUUCUUGCAGUGCAUGAUGAUUUUGAAAAUAUUUGGCCAUUUUAGUUAAAAUGCAAGGUAACAUUUGAUGCAGCCAUGAUAACACCAAAAAUCUGUUCUGUUCUAAAAAUGUUUCUAGCAAUGAAAAUAUUUCUGGCUAAAAGAAUACUCUUGCCUUGUAGGGAGGCUCCUUUGGAAUAACUGUAUGCAUUUUAUUUAUUUAAAGAUUGUCUAUAUAGAUACAUUCAUUAAAUAAGGAAAUUGUUGGUGAAUGCUCCUAAAAUAGAAGUUUAUGUAAUGAAAGUAAAAGAUAUAUUAAAAGAUUUACCAAAGAUUAUUUUUAUAACUUAUAUGCCAAUGCACAUGAUCUUAUAUAAGACACCAAAAUAAGUUAUUCAAAACUGUGAAUAUGUCAGACAAACACAAUGUGUCCCUUCUAGAAUAGUCACAAGAUGAGUUAGUUAUGGCUGUUUUCUGCCUCAAGUAAUUCUUCCAAGAAAUAUCAUCUUCACCCUAACAGUAAGCUUUCAAGUAUGUUUGAGAUAUUGUGUUUCAGCUGCUGUGUGUAAAUAAACAUCCCAUCAAGAAAGGAACACAUGCAAUGUAGUUUUAGGAAUCUAGCAGAGUUAAACCGUGUUCAUUUCCAAGUUAGUGGAAGGGUCUAUAUUAGUGUCCGUGGAAUGUCCUAAUCUCAGCCACGCUGACCGGAGACUGUACCAGUGCUCUUACUUGAGCCACACUUGAUCUCCGGUCUUCCAUGUGAGAAUGGCCAGGUUUAUAAAUUCUUCAAGAACAAAACCAAGUGUUUAAUCUGUUCUCUACUCCUACCUUGUAGAAAAUAGUUCACAGCUCAUAGCCAUUCUAUGUAUACUUUUCGUUGGAAAUUGCUCCUAGUCUGAUACUUUUGGAUAUUAGUGUCCAUGGAAUAAUUCUUAUGUCUAUGGAAGUUCAUCAGGCUCUGUUCUUUGAUUUAUAUGAAUCAUAAAUAUAUAAAGUAAAUAAUUCUAGCAACUGAACUUAAUUAUGUUCUAUAAUAGAGCACUUUUAUAUUUUUAAAAUCAUUUGUUCUUUCUCAGCAUAUCUGGUUAAAAUGGCUGUUGUUGAUUCCAUUUUUUGUAUACUAUAGCAUCUACCCACAAUAUUGUGUUUUUAACCAACUGUAUUUGAGCAGAGAACUUCAUUAGUUUAUUUAAAUUAUGUAUUUGCUUAAUAUAUUUUCAUAUUUGUAACUGUGAUAAAAAUCUAUAUAGUAUCUUGCACCCAUUCUCACCAGUAUAGAAAUAAAACUGCUAUUUGUUGGA